GAGAGCGCGCGCUUACAGACGCGGUGGCAUUAAACGGUAGCUGGCGCUGCGAGUCAGUCGUCGUCUUUCGGGGGCCUUGGGCACACGCCGCUGUAUUCGCCCGCUCGUCCUGAGCCUCGUGAAGAAGUUUCAGCCAGAACUUUCUCCGUCUACUCGCCUGCAGCCGCGACACUGCGACCCCGCCACCAUGUUUGAGGCACGGCUGGUCCAGGGCUCCAUCCUGAAGAAGGUGCUGGAGGCACUCAAGGAUCUCAUCAACGAGGCCUGCUGGGACAUCAGCUCGGGCGGCGUGAACCUGCAGAGCAUGGACUCGUCCCACGUCUCCCUGGUGCAGCUCACCCUGCGCUCCGAGGGCUUCGACACGUACCGCUGCGACCGCAACCUGGCCAUGGGCGUGAACCUCACCAGCAUGUCCAAAAUCCUAAAAUGUGCCGGCAACGAAGACAUCAUUACACUGAGGGCUGAAGAUAAUGCGGACACCUUGGCGCUAGUAUUUGAAGCACCAAAUCAAGAGAAAGUUUCAGACUAUGAAAUGAAAUUAAUGGACUUAGAUGUUGAACAGCUUGGAAUUCCAGAACAAGAGUACAGCUGUGUAGUAAAAAUGCCUUCUGGUGAAUUUGCACGUAUAUGCCGAGACCUCAGCCAUAUUGGAGAUGCUGUUGUAAUAUCCUGUGCAAAAGAUGGGGUGAAGUUUUCCGCCAGUGGAGAACUGGGAAAUGGAAACAUUAAGUUGUCACAAACGAGCAAUGUUGAUAAAGAAGAGGAAGCUGUUGCCAUAGAGAUGAAUGAGCCAGUGCAGCUAACUUUUGCACUGAGGUACCUAAACUUCUUUACAAAAGCCACUCCGCUUUCUCCUACAGUAACGCUCAGUAUGUCUGCAGAUGUACCCCUUGUUGUUGAGUAUAAAAUUGCUGACAUGGGACAUUUAAAGUAUUAUUUGGCCCCCAAGAUCGAGGAUGAAGAAGGAUCUUAGGCAUUAAAUCCAAGGAAGUAAAACGAAGCUCUGAGAACUGCUUCGGAGAUGCCAGUGUGUACUGAAGUCUUUCACCAAAUUUGUACCUUUCUGAGUACAUAUGUAGAUACUGUUUUCUGUAAAUAACCUGUUUCCCCCCAUUGUCUACAAUUUGUUUAAAGAAUAAAGUCCAAAGUUAAAUCUGGUCUUGUUAACCUAGGAAUACUUCUGCCUUACUUAGAAAUACUCGUGAUUUUUAUAACAACGUUCUUUAAAUGCAGUUUUAAUAAUUUUCAAUUUAAAUAAAGUUAUCUAAAUUUCAAAUG